UAUUCCUCCUCCUCCUCCUCAUCCUCCUCCUCCUCUUUGGGUCUUGUGAGGAAGGACCGAGCAUCCCUCUGUCAGUGUGAGCGCACAGAGCCGCGUCCUCGUCCGCUCCUUCGGCUGCCCUGCGUCUCUGCGGCGCACAGCUCCGCACCGACGCGUAAAGGAGGCUGCUCCUCGCUCCUCGCUCCUCAGGCUGUUCAGUGUGUUAGCUAGGCAGGCAGGCAGGCAGGCAGGGGCUGCUGGUUCAGAGCCAGAUCCCCCUGCUUCGCUCUCCCCUUCAAUGCGCUCCCCGCUGUAGCAGGGAUGCUGUCACCGGCGCACGCCACGAACACCUCCGUCGUCAGAGGAUUCGUCAGAUUCUGAAGUGGUCAAGACUUCACUGGAGAGGAGAGGGAGAGAGAGGAAAAAGGAGAACUCUGUUCCGGUGGGAAACCCACUGAUUUCUACUGGAGAUAAAGUGGAGUAGGAUUUUUUUUCUCCCUUCCAAACUAUCGGAUUUGGAUGUUUUCUAUUUAUUGGCGCUACAAACCCAUGAAGAGAGGAGAGAUUCAAUCAUCCAAAGACCAGAUUUAGCUGGACAGCCGCUGAUCUUAUCCGCGUUUUCAUCUGCCUUCCGUCCAGACUCUCGCUGGUGUUGGUGGGAGGUGCGGAUGAUCCACAGAGCUGGGAGGAGAAUUGACUUAUUUUGGCUUUCCUAUAUAUUGACGCUAUAUUUUGGACAUUAAGGCACACGUAAAAUAAAGGUGGAAAAUCCAUUUUUAAAACAAGGAGACGAGGCUGAACAGAGUCACCGUCAGCCGCACCACCAGAGCCCUCCUGUGUGUACAUGUGUGCACACUCGUGUGGUACCCUUCACAAUAUGUGCAUUUGAGAUGAGAAGAAACUAAGUGGCUACAACAAUCUCUUGGAUCAUCAGCCUCUUGUGCUGCAGCAUGAAGAAGAGUCCCACACUGCUGUAAAUCAAAGGUGGCUGUGACAGGGGCACACCCGGGGCAGGACCCAUGAGGAGUCAUAGAAGAUGCUCACAGUCUGGGCGCUUCUGCUCUUCUUAGCCAUGUUGGUGAGAAGCACGUCUGGCGGCCCACUUUCCUUCAGAAUAGCUGCCAUCCUUGAUGAUCCCAUGGAGUGCAGCAGAGGCGAGCGCUUGGCCAUCACUCUGGCCAAAGACAACAUCAACAGGAGCAGUAACCGCUCUACCACUGGCAAGCUGGAGGUGGACAUAUUCGAACUGCUGAGAGACAGUGAAUAUGAGAUGGGGGAAACAAUGUGCCAGAUCAUGUCUAAAGGAGUAGUGGCAGUUCUUGGUCCUUCUGCCAGUCCAGCGUCCAACUCCAUCAUCAGCAAUAUAUGUGGAGAAAAGGAGGUUCCCUAUGUCAAAGUGGCCCCAGAGGACAUUCUGAAGGUCCAGUUUCCCCGCUUCACCACUCUGGAUUUGAGACCAACCAACACUGACAUCAGCUUAGCCGUGGCCGGCCUUCUCACCUUCUUUAACAGCACCACCGCCUGCCUCAUCUGUGCCCAGCCGGAAUGCUUGUUGAACCUGGAGCAGCUCCUCAGGCAGUUCCUCAUUUCCAAGGAGACUCUGUCUGUGCGCAUGCUUGAUGACAGUCAGGACCCAACGCCUCUCCUGAAAGAGAUUCGAGAUGACAAGACUGCCACGAUCAUAGUGGAUGCCAACGCCACCAUGUCUCAUAUCAUUUUAGAACGGGCAUCAGAACUGGGAAUGCUGUCAGUCUACUACACUUACAUCUUCACCUCUCUGGAAUUCACUUUACUACGACUGGAUGAUGUGGCGGACCAACGAGUCAACAUUGUUGGCUUCUCUGUCUUCAACAAAACUCAUCCCUUUUUCCAAGAAUUUGUGCAAAGCCUCAACCGCUCCUGGCAGGAGAACUGUGAUCAUGCACCCUUUGCUGGCACCCCGCUCUCAUCAGCGCUGCUCUUUGAUGCGGUGUAUGCAGUGGUGGCAGCGGUCCAAGAGCUGAACCGGAGCCAGAAUGUUGGCGCCACUCAGCUCUCCUGCAAGUCCUCCAAGAUCUGGGAGCAUGGUACCAGCCUCAUGAAUUACCUGAGGAUGGUAGAGCUGGAAGGUCUGACAGGCCACAUUGAAUUCAACAGCAAAGGACAACGAUCUAACUACGCUUUGAGGAUUAUGCAGAACAGCAAGGAGGGCCUAAGGCAGAUUGGGUUGUGGCACUCUGAAGAGGGACUGUCCAUGGAGAGAAUGCCUCUACCCAUCAAUGUAACAGACAGCCUCUUCAAUACUACUCUGACAGUCACAACAAUUUUGGAGAAUCCGUAUGUGAUGUUGAGGCCAAACCACCAAGAACUGGAAGGAAACGACCGCUACGAGGGCUUUUGCGUGGACAUGCUGAAGGAGCUGGCAGAACUUCUCAAGUUCAAGUAUCGCAUCCGGCUGGUGGGGGACGGACUGUAUGGCGUUCCUGGAGCCAAUGGAACAUGGACCGGCAUGGUCGGAGAGCUUAUAUCCCGGAAAGCUGACCUGGCAGUGGCAGGCCUGACCAUUACGGCCGAGCGGGAAAAGGUGAUCGACUUCUCCAAGCCUUUCAUGACGCUCGGUAUCAGCAUCAUGUAUCGCGUCCACCUGGGACGGAGGCCGGGUUACUUCUCCUUCCUCGAUCCCUUCUCCCCUGGCGUCUGGCUCUUCAUGCUCCUGGCCUACUUGGCUGUCAGCUGCGUCCUAUUCCUCGUUGCCAGACUGACGCCGUACGAGUGGUACAAUCCUCACCCGUGUCUGAGGGGCCGAUGCAACCUGCUGAUCAACCAGUACUCACUCGGCAACAGCUUCUGGUUCCCUGUUGGGGGGUUCAUGCAGCAGGGGUCCACCAUAGCUCCCAGAGCUCUCUCCACACGUUGUGUGAGCGGAGUAUGGUGGGCCUUCACACUGAUCAUCAUCUCUUCAUACACCGCCAACCUGGCAGCCUUCCUCACAGUGCAGAGGAUGGAGGUGCCAAUAGAGUCGGUGGAUGAUCUGGCAGAUCAGACAUCAAUAGAGUACGGCACAAUGCACGGAGGAUCCACCAUGACCUUCUUUCAGAACUCCCGCUAUCAAACCUAUCAGCGGAUGUGGAACUUCAUGCACUCAAAGCAGCCCAGCGUGUUUGUGAAGAGCACAGAGGAGGGGAUCGCCCGUGUCUUGAACUCCAACUACGCCUAUCUGUUGGAGAGCACCAUGAAUGAGUACUACCACCAGAGAAACUGCAACCUGACCCAGAUCGGAGGACUGCUGGACACCAAAGGCUAUGGCGUCGGCAUGCCAUUGGGGUCUGUGUACCGUGAUGAGUUUGACCUCGCCAUCCUCAAACUGCAGGAAGAUAAUCGUUUGGAGAUCCUCAAGAGGAAGUGGUGGGAUGGUGGCAAGUGUCCAAAAGAGGAGGAUCACCGAGCCAAAGGUCUGGGUAUGGAGAACAUAGGCGGCAUCUUUGUGGUGCUAGUGUGCGGCCUACUCGUAGCGAUCUUCAUGGCUGUGCUGGAGUUUGUCUGGAUGUUAAAGCAAACACCAGGAAAUGAGCAGUCAGUGUGUGACGAAAUGCUGCGGGAGCUCCAGGGCAUCAUUCUGUGCCGCGACAGCCUCCAGGUGAGGCGCCGGCGGACGGCGUCGAUGCUGCGGCCGAGGCCUUUGCCUCUGGAGGAGCGCCGGGCGCGGGCUGCGGCUGUCAGCCUCAGCAAUGGGAAACUCUGUGGCGGUACCGGACUGCCCGAGCACCUCUCGCACAGAUUCACACAGGAGGCCGCCCUGGUCGCCAGGGGCUGCACCCAUAUUCGGAUUUGCCCCGAGUGCCGCCGCUUCCAGGGACUGAGGAUGCGUCCCGCGGGGGCUACGGGGAUCCUUCCGUCCCCCACGCACAGUGAGGAGAGCAUAGACUGGGACAAGGCCACAAAUAGCAGUGAACCUGAAUAACACACGGAAAUGAUGCCAGACUGACUCUCCCAGCCAACACCCCCGUUGAUUCCAGGGAUCAAAGACAAUGUGGUAUUUUGAUUCAGCCAUUUGGAGUGUAUUGUUGAAGGGCAGGACAAUGCUCUGGGCUCUCCUUUGCCCGUGAGACAACAGUCCACAGCCAGUUUUUGGAAUCUCCUUGGGUGAAUUUUUUCCCCCACAGCAGAUGAAAAACGGAUGAGUCUGUCUCAUGUGGUCCCUGAUGGCCCCUUGCACUCUAUAAAACAGGACGGACAAAAACAGCUACGGGCAUUUGUACUAUGCAGUAUUUCCAGUCAGUUAUCAUUGUGCCGUUGCUUUUUUUAUUUGGUAUUAUUAUUAUUUUGUUGGAAGAUUAUUAUUGUAUUGUAUUCUUUCUUUUCUUUUUUUUUUAAAUCUGUCAGUCUGCUGUACGAACAUGUAUUGCCUCGAAACAGCUGGAGGACGAUGGACAAGCUAUUGCAAGGUCAUUCCUCGAAACCUUUUAUUUUGAAAGUGCCAAAAACCAUAAGUUUGACCUUGUGGCUGAAGACAGCGCCGCAGCCUUGAGAAGAAAACAGACUCGACCGACCUUAGAAAACAUACAGACUUCUUUUUGUAGUAAUGAUAUUCGAUUAAAACAUUUUUAACUGUUGAUAUCUCUGAAAGACAGCAUUGCAUGUCCAGAGGUGUUGGCACUGAGGAGUGAUUUGCUGAAAGAACGUGACGGAAAAAAUGCCUGCAUACAGACCUCUAUUUAUUUUACUUUUUAGUGUGUCUUUAGAUUACUUCUUCAUUAUGUUUUUAGUUUCUACUUUUUUAACCAGAAAGCACUUUCAGGAUCUCUCACUUUUCAAGCUGUUCACUGGUGAAUGCUUAGAGGCCAUUUCCAUGGCAUAUAUAAGCAGAGAAGAUUUGGUUUUUAUCAGUGGAUGAAUCAAACCCAGCAUUUAUGAGAUUUAACCAAAAGCAUAAAGUUUCUAGGAAGGCAAAAAGUUUUUUUUUAUCUAUAGUAGACUGGGGUUUUUAUAAAUGCCAAGGCAGUUUUGCUUUUAUUGAUUUGGACAUUUUACACACCACUUAAAGCAGCAUUUCAACUGAGGUCUGACCUACCAGACAGUGACAUUUUCUUAUUAUUAUUUAAUGGGAUCAAUUGGAGUUUAAAACACACACACACAAAUAUAUAUAUAUAUUUGAAGUCGUGUUUUUAUAAAUAAUUCUGUAAAGUGUAAAUCACACAUCAAAAAGUUGUCAGAAAAUUAAUUUUUGGGGGAAUUAAAAUAUUUUUUAACCCUAUAAAAUGUUAUUACUUGAUAUAGACAGUAAAAAUGAGGGGAUAACUGGCAGGUUUUUGCUCACAAAACUAUUGAUGAAUAUUCAGGAUAGAAGCUCCUUAUUUACCCCCAGUCUCAAAUUUGAUCCAAACAUUUUUAACAUGUUCUUACUCUUUAUUAAAGACUUAAUUAUCAACAGAUUUUGCAUUCUUUCAAUAGAGCAAGAAGUCACUGAAAAAAAAAACAACAGAUAAGUUGUUCUCGCCAAAACGUUUUGAAAAAUGCUUUUGAGAUUUCAUGGAAGCAGUCAUUUUGUUAGGAACAGGAAAGCUUCUACUGCCUCUAGUGGAAGGAUGAAGAACUACAGGGCAUAAAGCAGGGACCAAGUUAAAAACAAUGGGGCUAUGUCCGAAUUCCCACCCCAACCCCUAACUACUAAAAGCUACAUAAUGCAACCCUGGAUUUUAAAAGCAAUUCAAGCACCAUGCUCACUACUUAUUUUUUGUUUUUCUAAACGCCGGAAAUGACAUCACCAAUUUCGCGAAGUGAAAAUCGAAUUGAUAAAAACAUUUCACAAUGUCUAUUUGUGACUAAACUUUGUUCUGAAGAUAAAAUGUGGAUGGUUUAUUAAAAAAAUAAAUUUAAACGUUGUUUGACCGCAGUGCAUUGUGGUCUAUAUUUGCUAAUGUAGUGAGCAUCAAUGCGUUCUAGUUUUUCACAAAGACUUUCUAGGGCACUCGAUUUUGGAAUGGUUGAUUCCGACAGAACUACAAAAUGCCAAUUGCACUAUAUAGUGCAUUGUACAGUGAGUAGGGAAGGAAUUUGGAUAUAGCCUGGGUUUUUUUUAGGAGAGCUUGGAUCAGGCUAAGGAGAUAGGGGACUCAGAUAUGUGUCAUAAAAUAAAAAUGAUUUUAUAGGGUUAAAAGAAAUAUUAAUAAAUGAGGAAUAUACAGUAUAAUAAAAAAUAAAGGAUAAAAAUAUUAAUAUUAAUUUAUUUAAGUGUUUUACUCCUUUGAAAUUAAAUAAAUGAAUCAGAUAAAUGAGUUCUGUUCACAAGACAUUGAGACCUCUAUUCUAUUGUCUCCAGAAGAAAUUGUUGCCUUAGAAAAAUAACAGCCAGGAUCAGAAAUUCCUCAUCAUUUCUGAAGGGGCUGUGUGGAAUCUGAACAGAGUUGGGUCAUAACAUCCAGCAACAAGAAUCAGAGGCCAUCCACCUGUCUGCUGUCAGUAAUCACUGCUCAUAGAAAAGCCACCACUGUGAAGGAGAUUGGAAAUCAAACAACAAUUUGUUUUUGUCUUGAUUAUUUGUCACUCACAAGUUGUCUUUUUUUUUCACACAUUGAGCUUUCCAUUUAUCAUAAAACCUUUUUUUCCAAUGUUGUUCAAGCAAAACCCUUUAAUACUUAUUUCAGAAAGAGAACACAGAAGUCCACAAUCUUUAGAUUGAAUGAGAAUCUUAACACAUUAUAGGUUACAUGUUUAUUUUACUAUUAAAUUGUUCAAAUGCCAAAUUAAGAGUAAAAAGAUGCAAUAUCCACAUGUGAUUAUUGUAAUAUAAAUGGUUGCUUUUCAUAUUUUGAAUGUUGCUAAAAAAAAUACUCAUAAGAGUUUGAAGAGUCUCACUGGUCCUAAUGGGAACAUCUUAAGCUCUGAAAACACUUACAAGGCUGCUAAAUCAAGCGUGCUUCGACUGAGAUUGCCAAUUACCUUGACAGCACGGAGAGCAGUGGAGUAAAGAUUAAAACAAAUUCCACUGAGGCUCUGAGCGACUUUCUCCACCAAAACAGUCCAACAGAAUCUGGCUGCUGUUCUAUAUAUGCUUUAUAUUUGUCGCUUAUGUUUUCUUCCCUCUUAAUCCGUUUUUAUUGGACUUCCCCUCGUUUUGUUUGGUUUGUUUGGUCUCUCUUGUGUGUGAACUUCCCAUCCGUCUUGCCGAAUCACCUCUUGUAGCUUUCAAGUGAACUUUACUUUUUUUUUUAUUCCUAGAAUGUAUUUAUUCAACAAGGAGAAAUGAUCAUAUGAUGGACUGUCUUUGUUGUAGGCUGCCAUAUAAACAUAAGAGGAACUGAGAGAAAUCCAGGAAUUUAAAACAUCCUGUUUUUAUUCCAUUUCGCAGCUGAACGCCCAUGAAUCUUUCAAAAGCAAAGAAUUUGUGUUUGUAGGAAGUUUUUUGCAAAGAAUAAUGAGUUUUAAAAACCCCACUUAUGUGCUGCACAAGUCUAAAUUCCCUCCCAGUUCAUUGUUCAUUGUGAUUUGUGGUGGACUUUCCAGCCUCCUCAGGAUGGUGAUGGAUCACCUGCUUCUGAUUUACCGUUUGCCUCUUCUAGUGCUGGCCUUACCUUAACAUCGCAUUUCCUCAAUAUGUACAUGCUUGAGUAACAAAGUGACACACAUGCUUCUACUUGUAUGUCAGUGGAUAAAGUUUGUCAUUCUGGUCAUCAUCUGGUGCUCCCACUCCAUAAAUUAUUUUCUGCUUUACAAUGUCUGUUGGAUUUAUGAAGCUCAUAAUAGGUACUAACCCGCCUGGAGAGCUGCUUCAAGCGGUGGAGAGUAACGUUUCUACCUAAUAAUGACUGACAUUACAUGCUCAUGUUCUCUGUUAAACCAAAAAACCUUUCAUUUAGUCCCCACCGCUGUGCACAUACUCCUGCAUUUAUUCUGUUGUGUUCUUUUAUGGCAGUACCUGAACGUAUUCAACUCAUUCGCCCUGUCCUCUCCUUGUCAUUGUGAGAUCAUUGCUUUGUCCUCGCUCAAAGCAACACCUCCCAAGGACAAGAUCACUACAGAUCCUCAUUACUAAGAAGCACCGGAUCAGAUGAUCGUCAACACAAACUACCAAAUUCACAGGAAAUUUGGAUGAAAACCUUUGUAAGAUUCAUUAUUUUUGUAUUUGCAAAGUUUUGUGUCCGAUAUGUGUUCUCAUAAAUGAGAUUUUCAAGGUGUAUGAGAGGUCUACAAGAUAAGAUGCCGUCAAGGCCGUUGAAGAAUUUGACCAAAACAUCUAGACAUUGCUUGUCUUUCAGAGAAAUAAAAAUGGAACUUCAUU